GAAAUGGCAAGAAUUUGUUCUUUCCUUUGGAAUUUUACAAUUGAGUCAUGAUGAGACGAUGACGUUUCAAUGUUAGACUUUUCGAGAACAGAGAGCAACGUACUAAAUUGCUUACACACUUUCUAUAUAACUGUUUAGACAUACUGUAACAACUUCCACCAUUAAAAAAAAAAAACAAAGAAAUGGAGAAAACAUCUUCGCCGGAAUCUUCCGCCAAAUCACCGUCAGCCGCCGCCGGAGAAAUAGAGUGGUCUUUGUUCGACGAUGGCUGCAUUCUCGACAUUGAUUAUUUCGUUAAAACCAUCGCCGGAAUCAAAGCCAAAGGUGUCCGUCCUGAUCUCAUCGGCUCCAUCAUCGCUCAUUACGCUUCCACGUGGCUCCCUGACCUCUCGGACAUCGUCAUAAACCCCGAUGAUCCGAACCGCCAACUGCAACCGCAGCAAGAAUCUGAGAGCUUCUCCGUAACGGCGUUCGUGAUGAAGAAACGUUUCUUCGUCGAAACGUUAAUCGGAAUCAUCCCGCCCGAGAAAGACUCUGUUCCUUGUAACUUCCUCCUGCGUCUCCUCCGAACAGCGAACAUGGUCGGAGCAGAUCCGAAUUACAAGGCGGAGCUAGAGGCGAGGAUAUCGUGGCAGCUAGAUCAAGCUUCCCUCAAGGAGCUAAUGAUACCUUCGUUUAGUCACACGUGCGAGACAUUGCUCGAUGUCGAGCUCGUGACUCGUUUGGUUAAGAAAUUCGCAUGUUUAGACAACGAAGGAGUCAAAUCUGGUGCUUCUCUAGUUAAAGUGGCGAAGCUCGUCGACUCUUACUUAGCGGAAGUCGCCGUUGACGGCGAUUUAUGUCUCCCGGAGUUUAUUUCCUUAGCCGAAGCUCUCCCUAACCAUGCUCGUGUCACAGAAGAUGGCCUUUACCGCGCAAUAGACACCUAUCUUAAGGCACAUCCUAAAGUGACCAAGCAAGAAAGGAAGAGACUUUGUGGACUAAUAGAUAGCAAGAAGCUAUCAAUGGAGGCAUCUUGUCACGCAGCGCAGAACGAUCGUUUACCGGUUAGAACUAUAAUUCAAGUUCUGUUCUCUGAGCAGAGUAAGCUGAGUCGUAGCCGCCACAACAACAUUGAUUGGAGCGGCUCAUCGUUCAGUCCAAACCUUUCUAGCUCACACUACUCAGAGUCAGGUCCAGCUCGGUGUAUGUCCAAACGAGAGAUGAAUGUUCAGCAUAUGGAGAUAAAGAGAUUGAGAGAGGAUGUGGCGAGGCUGAAGAGCGAGUGCGGUGCGAUGCAAACGCAGUUAGAGAAGCUGGUUGAGAAGAAAUGUAGUAGUGGGAGUAGUAAAGGUUUUUUUAGGUGGAAGAGGUUGGGAUUUAGGAGCGGUAUUAGCGUUAGCGUUGUGGACAAGACGAAUGGUGAAGAGUUUGGUGAUAAUGGAGAAGAGUUUGAUGAGUAUGUGAAUCAGACACCUGGUAAUAUGAAGAUAAAGCUUGUUAAAGGAAGAACACCUUCUAGGUGGAGAAAAUCCAUGUCUUGAAAGUUGAAACAAGACAAGAGUGUUCAAUUAACUUUUUAUCGUCUUUUGUUAGUUUCUGUUAAGUUGUUAUUGCGCAUUUGUUCUUCAUUCGUUGUUUCUUAUAUAACACUCGUACAUUUUGUAUGCUCAUAGUCAUAAUAAUACAACUCAUAAUUCGUAUCGAUGGCUUGUGGGUCAAGCUUCUCAAUGGUUUCUAUGUAAUGUUUUAC